UCAGAAGCAUGUUGGCCAUGACAAACUCCAGACAGACAACUCAUCCACACCCUCUGCCAGCACACUGACACUGGAUUUAUGCAGCAUGGCACCGUCUAAGGACAGUGUGAGUGCCUGGAGCUGUAAGCAAGUGGCCCAGUGGCUGCAGGAAGAAGGUUUCGGGGAGUAUGUUGAGUUAUUGUGUGCCCAGCACCGCCUGGACGGCCCCAGCCUGCUGGCUCUGACUGAGGCCGACCUACGCGGACCGCCACUGGGCCUCACUGUGCUGGGAGACAUCAAGAGGCUGAUCAUAUCCCUUCGCCGACUCCAAAGACAGAACCAGGCCGAGUUGGAGGAGCUGGGUCUCCGGCCUACAGACAGUGUCCCUGCUGGGCUCUUGGUCGGCACUGCAGGGGGAGAGUGGAGCUGUGAUGGAGCUGACAGAAGGUAUAACGGAGGUGAUCACUUGUGUAACGGGACUGAGCUGCGUCUGAGGAACUGUGACAGAUCUGGAUAUGGUUCAGGAGCUGCAGUGUGUCACGCACACUCCAAUGGGAGGUACAGGCAGCAGCACCUGGCUGGCAGACUGGACCCAGAGGUGUGGAAGACAGUCAUCAGUUCCGUAUAUGUCUUUUUAGUGUUUGGAUUCACAUCAUUUGUCAUGGUCAUCGUGCAUGAGCGCGUCCCGGACAUGAGGACAUACCCACCGCUGCCUGAUAUAUUCCUGGACAGUGUUCCCAGAAUCCCCUGGGCUUUUGCAAUGGCUGAAGCCUGUGGCCUCAUCCUGUGUUACAUGUUUCUGUUGAUCCUGCUCCUCCAUAAACACAGGUCUAUUCUCUUUAGACGACUGUGUUCUUUGAUGGGGACUGUUUUUUUGCUUCGUUGUUGCACCAUGUUUGUCACUUCGCUCUCCGUGCCUGGACAGCACCUGAAGUGUGCCAGUAAGUCAUACGGUGAUUCGUGGGGAAAGAUACAGAGGGCGCUGCUGAUCUGGAGUGGGUUCGGGAUGACCCUGACCGGCGUCCAAACGUGUGGAGACUAUAUGUUCAGUGGACACACUGUUGUCAUCACAAUGCUCAACUUUUUUGUCACUGAAUACACUCCUCGAACCUGGAAUAUGAUUCACACCAUCUCCUGGGUGUUAAACUUGUUUGGGAUUUUCUUCAUCCUGGCGGCACACGAGCACUACUCCAUCGAUGUGUUUAUCGCCUUCUACAUCACCACCCGCCUCUUCCUCUACUACCACACGUUAGCCAACACCCGUGCCUACCAGCAUAGUCGGAGGGCGCGCAUUUGGUUCCCCAUGUUCUCCUUCUUUGAGUGCAAUGUGAACGGACCUGUCCCCAACCAGUAUCACUGGCCCUUCAACAAACCUGCCUUCAUGAAAACUCUGAUUGGAUAGAGCAUGUGCCCAAAGAUCUGCAGCUGCAGUGCGCAUGGACUGAUAUAUUAAAGCCUGAAUGAGAAACUUGAGAUGCUGCUUCUUAUCUUUGGAUGUUUAUUUGUGUGGGAGUUUUUCCCUUCGUUUUUUUAUAAAUGGAUGAUUUUUAUUUCGUCAAUCUUAUGUUUAAUUAUGUUCAUUUGCUUAUUUGGGGAAAGUUAGAUGAGAAGAUUGAUAACACUCAUCUCUGGAUGGAGCAAGGGGUUAUCUCCAGUCUAAAAAAAUUUAGCCAACGUGCGAGUGCCUUAAACCUGAAGUCUUUCUAAUGGUCAGCAGGGGGCGAAAAUAAGCGCCGAUUGUAUGCAAGUCUAUGCAGAAAUUAUCCAACUUCUCUCUGGAUUUAUUGCCUUCGUAAACAUUUUCCAAAUAAUUUCAUGGUCUCUAUUACUAGUUCCUUCAUUCAAGCAUGAUGUUCAUUUUGUAAAUUGUUGCAUAAUUUAUAGUAAAAUUGACGAUGAAGCAGG